UCUACAAAAACCCUAGAUCUAACACCCCCAGCCGUCAGAUCAGAUCAAUGGGGAGAUCUCUUCUCAACCGUUGGAGACAGCAACGGUGUAGGUAGAAGAAGCGCAUUUGUGGGAUAUCCAAAAAGAGUCGUGAAAGAUUGUUGUCCCGUCGACUAGGCUCUGUCUGCUUUUUUGUUUUCUUCAUCCUCCUCAUCUUGAUGGCUAACAAUUCGAAUUUCGUCUAGCUAUAUAUUUUUUCUUUUUUGUUAUUUCGGUGGUGGUGAUGUGUGAUUUGGUUGCCCGUACGGGUCGGCUUCAGCAACGGUACAAGGAUGGAUCGCGUCUCAUUGCCGGGUGUAUUCCGUUUAGGUAUAUAAAAGAUGGUAAUUCUGAAUCUGGGAAAGUGGUUCAAGUGUUGAUGAUCAGCUCAUCUAGUGGACCGGGACUUUUGUUUCCCAAGGGUGGAUGGGAGAAUGAUGAGACUGUCAAAGAAGCUGCAGUUAGAGAAGCUGUGGAAGAAGCAGGAGUCCGUGGGAUUUUGAUGGAUUUCUUGGGAGAUUAUGAGUUCAAGAGCAAAACACACCAAGAUGAGUUUAGCCCGGAAGGUUUAUGUAAAGCGGCAAUGUACGCCUUGUAUGUCAAGGAAGAGCUAGAAACUUGGCCGGAACAGAAGACAAGAACAAGGACGUGGUUGACAAUUGGAGAAGCUGUAGGGAGUUGCAGGCACGCUUGGAUGAAGGAUGCGUUGGUUGAUGGAUUCUGUAAAUGGCAUAAGGAGAAGAUGGGCAAAGAAGGAGAUGAAGAUUGAAGUUUUAAAGUGUGCAUAAAAUCCUCAAGUUGGUUUUCUUUCCUUUCGAUUAUGUUUUUUUUUUUUUAACUCUGAAGUUGGUUUCGUUUCCUUGUCACUUCUCAUCGUUAACAAUGUCAACGCUGUAUAUGAUUUAUUAAGAGUUUUGAACAAAAGAUAUUAUACC